AUCGCCCACGAUCGAUCAUUCUUGAAGUGAAGGUCAUUUAAUUUGUCGCGCCAGUCGGGUUUUGUUUGACCUUUUUGACGCACGGAGGUGCCGGGAGGACACAGAUGGAGACGAAAACGGAGCCGCUGACGCCACCGCAAACACCGCCGACGAUCGACAGAUCGAUGCAUCAGCAUCAACAGCAACAUCCACAGCAACAUCAGCAGCAGCAACAACAACAUGUAGUUUUUUCAACCUCGAAAUGGGCCAAAUCAAACUUCCUCAACGGCAGAUACAUCCAGCAGCACCAUCCGCAACAUCUUCAGCCAACGCACAGUGCUAGCAACUAUCAGACCACUCUUAUCAGUAACUGGUUGAAAGACGCGGCCCUGUUAACGUUUAGGGGUUGCUGCCCUCAACGUCCUUAUCUGUACUAUCAGGGUCAUCCGGGCACUAUGUUUCCGGUACCGCCGCCACCGCAGCCUCCGUCGUUUCUCGCUCGAAGAUCAACGGGCCAGAGGCCUAAGAAACAAUUCAUAUGCAAGUUCUGCAAUCGACAGUUCACGAAGAGCUACAACCUGCUGAUUCACGAAAGGACGCACACCGACGAGCGACCGUAUUCGUGCGACAUAUGUGGGAAGGCUUUUCGCAGGCAGGAUCAUUUGAGGGAUCAUCGAUAUAUACACAGCAAGGAGAAGCCAUUCAAAUGCAACGAGUGCGGUAAAGGGUUUUGCCAAAGUAGAACUCUGGCAGUUCAUAAAGUCAUGCACAUGGAGGAGUCACCACACAAGUGCACGGUAUGCGGCCGGAGCUUCAAUCAGAGGAGCAACCUGAAGACACAUCUUCUUACGCACACGGACGUACCGCAGGACCUCAGGAUCGAGACUUCGGUAGCGUCGGACUCGAGGAUCAUGUCAUCAGAGGUUAGACAAAUAGCAGAGCGGGUGAGCGGUCUCCUACCAAUGCCGAAGAGCACUACGCACAAGCUCGGCUUCACUAUAGAGGAUAUUAUGAGACGUUAGAAACUAUAAUUCCUUUUAAUUUCAAUCUG